GCGGACAUCUACGACAAAGUGUCCGGCGAGAUACAGAAGCAGGGCUAUGACUGUGAGUGCCUGGGCGGCGGGCGCAUCUCCCACCAGAGCCAGGACAAGAAGAUCCACGUGUACGGAUACUCCAUGGGCUACGGCCGUGCCCAGCACUCCGUCUCGACUGAGAAGAUCAAAGCCAAGUACCCUGACUAUGAGGUCACCUGGGCCGAUGAUGGCUACUGAGGACCCCCCGCCUGAGGCCUGCCUCCUCCAGCAGCCAAGUCGGAACUCUGCCCUUGCCAGGUCCUCCCCGAGGGGCUGGCCUUGCCCUUUUCUUCUGCACCCUCUGGUGAUGUGCCACCCUGCCAGGCCUCUGAGACCGACCAGCCUGGCCCAUGGGAAUUAAAAACAUUGCUGUGCCUGCUAGUCUUCAGACUCUGUGUCUUGGCUUCCCUGUCCUGGGUCCCCACCUGGGCAGGGCUGUCCUACGCCCUGACUGAAGCAGCAUGCUGGGUCCUCCAGGUGGCCACUCCUGGCAGGUGCUGUUGUGACCAUGUCUACAGACCAAGAAACUAGGGCUCAGGUGAGACAAGCUCCUGAGGGCAAGUGGCAGCUCACAAGCAGAGCCUGGCUCCAAACGCCACACUCCUUGCAGCCUCAAAGUGCCCAACCCCAACUCUAGGUCUGUUCCGUGAAGACUGGAAAUUUCUGGGUUCACAGGGACCCUGUGCCUGGCACCACUCAGCACCUGGCUGCCCAGGACAGGUGUAGGAGGGCGGAUACAUGAAGGGACAAUAUCCCCAGCCUGUGUGACAGCCAGGGCAGGCUCGCGGCCCCACCGGACUGCUGCUUGCCUCCGCUGGGAUGAGUCGUGUCUCUGCCUCCUUGGCCAGCACCGGGCUGGGGCCAGAGGCACAGUGAGAGACGCCUUGGCGGCCCUGCACCCCCCUACACACCACUACACAGAGUCCCUCUCCUGGGGUGCCUGGGCCCCUCCUUGCUCCACUGGGAGCCUCCACCGGGCAGGGCAUGGCAGGUGGGCACGACGGCCAGGGUCUGACCUUUAGUCUGCAGGAGCCAGGCAGGUGGGAGGUGACCCUGGGCCGGGGGCCCCCUCCUGGGGCACGUUUACAGCCAGGCAUGCAGCACCAUCAGCACUGGGUGGGGCUGGCCGAGGGGCCACAGGUUCGGGAGGGGCUAAAACCCUCCAGUUAAAGCAGAGUCAGCCUGUGGGGCCACUGCAGGCUGAUAACUGGACAAAGUCCCCACAGGCUGCCAGCCUUGCAGCCCCUGGGCUCACUCCCUCAGGCCUGACCAUGAGUCUGCCCGGCCACCUCCUGCCCAGCCUGGUCCUGCUUGUGGGUGAGUUGUCUGGCCCCGCUGCUGUGGCAGGAUGGGGCUCUGGGUCCUGAGCCUGUUGUCUGGGUGGUGUUGAGAGAUACUGGGGCUGAUGCCUAAGCCCCCCAGGGAAGGAGGGGUGCAAGGUGCUGCCCUGACAUGGGUUAUAAGGGGACUCAGGAUGAGCCAUGUGGUCCUGGGGAUGGCCUACCUAGGGAGGGGUCAAGAAUUCUCUCCCAGGCCCAAGACAAGGGGACCAGCUCCCUGGGGCCUGUCUGCCACACUUGGACUGCGUGGAGUGGCAGAGGCCUGGGCCCCCCUUGGAUACGUCCGUCUGGGGCACUGUCCUGGCAGCCCCUCUGGCUCCUGUUCCCUUCCCCAGGGCUGCCCACAUCCUCCCGCCCGCAUCCUGACAUGCAGCCUCUGUGGGGUGGAACCUGGGGGUGCACCUGCUCUGUCCUGACACGGAGCCUGGAUGGCGGCUCUCUGUGGGUGCCAACACCCUCCGAGUCCCAUCUCCUGGGCCUGAUUCCCAAAGUAGGUGCCGAGUGUCCUGGGUUGGACAGGAAACUUCCAGGGCUAAAACUGGACAGUCCUGGGCCAAGGGGGAUGGCUGGUCACUUGCCUCCAGGCCACCUGGGUGUCGCUCUGCCAGCAGCAGGGUUCCCGGGCUGGGCCUGGGUCCCCAACCACUGCAGGAGCCCCGGCGAGGCCGUGUGCAACUUCGUGUGUGACUGCAGCGACUGCUCAGACGAGGCCCAGUGCGGUCACCAUGGGGCCUCGGCCGCUCUGGGCGCACCCUUCACCUGCGACUUUGAGCACGACCCCUGCGGCUGGCGGGACAUCAGCACCUCAGGCUACAGCUGGCUCCGAGACAGGGCAGGGGCCGCCUUGGAGGGUCCAGGGCCUCGCUCAGACCACACGCUGGGCACCGACCUGGGCUGGUAUUUGGCUGUCGGGACACACCAAGGGAAGGAGGCAGCCACCGCGGUCCUGCGUUCCCCCGUCCUGCACGAGGCUGCCCCCACCUGUGAGCUGAGGCUCUGGUACCACUUGGCCUCUGGAGAUGCGGCUGAGCUGCGGCUGCAGCUGACUCACGGCGCAGAGACACUGACACUGUGGCGGAGCUCGGGACCCUGGGGGCCCGGCUGGCAGGAGCUGGCAGUAACCACCGGCCGCAUAAGGGGCGACUUCCGAGUGACCUUCUCUGCCACCCGGAAUGCCACCCACAGGGGUGCUGUGGGCUUGGACGACCUGGAGUUCCGGGGCUGUGGGCUGCCCAGCCCCCAGGCCAGCUGCCCCCCGGGGCACCACCACUGCCAGAAUAAGGCCUGCGUAGAGCCCCACCAGCUGUGCGAUGGAGAAGACAAUUGCGGGGACCUGUCUGAUGAAGAUUCACCCACCUGCGGCCACCACAUGGCCACUGACUUUGAGACAGGCCUGGGCCCGUGGAACCACUCGGAGGGCUGGGCCCGGAACCACAGCGCUGGCAGCCCCGAGCACCCUGCUUGGCCGCGCCGAGACCACAGCUGGAACAGUGCAAAGGGCUACUUUCUGGUCUCCCUGGCUGAGCCCGGCACCCCCACUGUCCUCUCCAGCCCCAAGUUCCAGGCCUCCAGCCCCCACAACUGCUCGCUGGUCUUCUACCGCUACCUGCACGGGUCUGAGGCCAGCUGCCUGCAGCUGUUCCUGCAGACGCUGCAGCCCGGCGCCCCCCCAGCCCCUAUCCUGCUGCGGAGACACUGCAGGGAGCUGGGGGCUGCCUGGGUCCGAGACCGGGUUGACAUCCAGAGCGCCCACCCCUUCCAGAUCCUCCUAGCUGGGCAGACAGGCCCAGGAGGCGUCGUGGCCCUGGAUGACCUCAUCCUGUCUGACCGCUGCAAACCCGUCCUGGAGCCAGCCGGCCUGCAGAUGCUGCCUCCUGCACCCUGGGCCCCGGCCCCCGAGACCCCGCCAUCCAGCCUGGUGCCCCAGAAUUUCUGCGAUCCAGGGCAUCUCUCCUGUGGGGACCUGUGCGUGCCCCCGGAGCAGCUGUGCGACUUCCAGCAGCAAUGUGCGGGGGCUGAGGACGAGCAGGACUGCGGAACCACAGACUUCGAGUCCCCCACGGCUGGGGGCUGGGAAGAUGCCAGCAUGGGGCGGCUCCAGUGGCAGCUCUUGGCCCAGGAGGCUGCUGGAGGGCGCUUCCUGUCUCUGCAGAGGGCCUGGGGGCAGCUGAGGCCUGAGGCUCGGGUCCUCAGCCCCGCCCUGGGUCCCUCUGGUCCCAGCUGUGAACUGCACCUGGCCUACCACUUCCAGAGCCAGCCCCGAGGCUUCCUAGCGCUGGUCGUGGUGGACGGCAGCUCCCGGGAGCUUGUGUGGCAGGCCCCAGGCAGCAGCACCGGGGGCUGGAAGGUGGACAAGGCCCUCCUGGGGGCACGCCGCCGGCCAUUCCGGCUGGAGUUUGUGGGUCUGGUGGACUUGGAUGGCCCUGGCCAGCAGGGGGCUGGGGUGGACAACGUGACUUUGAGGAACUGCAGUCCCACGGAGACCACCGAGAGAGACGGAGAGGUCUCCUGCAACUUUGAGCGGGACACAUGCAGCUGGUACACGGGCCACCUCACAGACGCACACUGGCACCGGGUCCAGAGUCAUGGCCCUGGGUACGACCACACCACUGGCCAAGGCCACUUCAUGCUCCUGGACCCCACAGACCCCCCAGCUCGGGGCUAUGGCGCCCACUUGCUCUGUAGGCCCCAGGUGCCGGCAGCCCCUGUAGAAUGCCUCAGCUUCUGGUACCAACUCCACGGGCCCCAGAUCGGGACGCUGCGUCUGGCCAUGAGACGGGAAGGGGAGGACAUGCUCCUCUGGUCGAGGUCGGGCACCCACGGCAACCGCUGGCAGGAGGCCUGGGCCACCCUCCACCACCAGCCCAGCUCCCGCACCCGCUACCAGCUGCUGUUCGAGGGCCUCCGGGAUGGAUACCAUGGUUCCAUGGCCCUGGACGACGUGGCCGUGCGGCCUGGCCCCUGCUGGGCCCCCAAGCGCUGCUCCUUCGAGGACUCGGCCUGUGGCUUCUCCACUGGGGGCCAGGGCCUAUGGAAGCGCCAGACCAACGCCUCGGGCCACGCCGCCUGGGGCCCCCGGACAGACCACACCACGGAAACGGCUCAAGGACACUACAUGGUGGUGGACUUGAGCCCGGACGCACUGCCCCAGGGCCACGUGGCCUCGCUGACCUCGGAGGAGUACAGGCCCCUGGCCCAGCCUGCCUGCCUGACCUUCUGGUACCACCUGAGCCUGCGCAGCCCAGGCACCCUGCGGGUCCAUGUGGAGGAGGGCGGGCGGCACCCAGUGCUCAGCAUCAGUGCCCACGGAGGGGCUGCCUGGCGCCUGGGCAGCGUGGACGUGCAGGCCAGGCGGGCCUGGAGGGUGGUGUUUGAGGCUGUGGCCGCAGGUGUGGAGCCCUCUUACAUGGCCCUGGAUGACCUUUUCCUCCAGGACGGGCCCUGCCCCAAGCCAGGUUCCUGUGACUUUGAGUCUGGCCUGUGUGGCUGGAGCCACCUGGCCUGGCCCGGCCUAGGCGGGUACAGCUGGGACUGGAGCGGCGGUGCUACACCUUCCCGCUACCCCCACCCCGCCGUGGACCACAGCCUGGGCACGGAGGCAGGCCACUUUGCCUUCUUUGAAACCGGUGUGCUGGGCCCGGGGGGCCAGGCGGCCUGGCUGCGCAGUGAGCCUCUGCCGGCCACCCAGGCUUCCUGCCUCCGCUUCUGGUACCACAUGGGCUUCCCCGAGCACUUCUACAAGGGGGAGCUGAGGGUGCUGCUGGUCAGCACCCAGGGCCAGCUGGCCGUGUGGAGCCAGGGUGGGCACCGGCGGCACCAGUGGCUAGAGGCCCAGGUCGAGGUGGCCAGUGCUGAGGAGUUCCAGGUUGUGUUUGAGGCCACUCUGAGUGGCCAGCCUGCCCUGGGGCCCAUCGCCCUGGACGACAUUGAGUACCAGGCUGAGCAGCGUUGCCAGCAGCCUGCGCCCAGCCAGGGGCACAUGGCCACACCCGUGUCCGUGCCAGCCGCGGUUGGCGGCGCCCUCCUUCUCCUCAUGCUCCUGGUGCUGCUGGGACUCGGGGGCCGGCGCUGCCUCCGGGAGAGGGGAGGCUGCCCCUUCUGGAGUGGCAGGGAGGCUGCGACACCCAGCUUCGACAACGUCCUCUUCAAUGCAGAUCACGUCACCCUCCCGGAGUCUGUCACCAGCGACCCACAGGCCACCACAUGAGACCGUGGCUCCUUACCUGAGCACCCAACCCUCCACCAGACCCUGCAGGGACUGGACACCUACUCCCUGCUGGCCAGCUGGGGUCUCAGGACACGCUGAGCCUCUGCGCCCCCUGCCCUGUCCCUUGACUCUGCUGUCCCCGAGAGGGUAGCCUGAGCCUCCAGGGCGAGGUCAGUGCAUCCAUGCGUUGCCGGCCAGCAGGACCGUGGGCCUCCAAGGACGCCCAGACCUGACACAGACCUAGAGAACUUGCCUGGGGCACCUCCUUGAUCAAGGCAGCUCAGGAAGCAGACAAGGGACACUCUCCCACAGGACAAGGCGCAGAUGGCAACCGAGAAGCCACUGCCCCACCCUGCUGGGGCUCUGCACUGAGAACGGGGACAAAACCAACCACGGUGCAGGGACACGUGGGAGGCAAAACCUGAGUGUGGCAACAUGGAGCUGGCCUGGUGGGAGGAGGAAUGUCCUGCUGCGUCCCCAAUAAAGGACCCCGUGUCCACUGUCCCCGUCCCUGGUAAGGGACCCCA